AUGCGACUCUAUCUCCUCCCCAUCACCACCCGGCGGACUCUGCUGUACGGCCAGCGUCUCAACACGGCGGCAGCGGUAGCCCAGCAGAACAUACUCGACAAGGCGCAGAACCGCGCCUCCAAGCUCUGGGCCGACUGGGAGAAGAAGGAGAAGGGCUGGCAGAAGUCGGUAGUGAACUACGGCAACUACGCCUUGCGCCGCAUACCCUACCAAGAAUGGGGCCUCAAGUCGGUCCCGCCGCUGUCCACGAAGCGCAAAGAUGACGAGCUCCGUGGUACUGAUACUGUCGAGGUGAUAUAUCCCAAGCUAUUGGUCCCCACAGACAGGGUUUCCAGUGUAUUAGAGACACUGAGCACAGAACGAGAAGCUCUUCACAAGAGGAAACUCGUGUACUGUCUCAUCGGCAUGCCUAUUACGAUACCCUUCGCGCUGGUACCAAUCAUCCCCAAUCUACCAUUCUUCUACCUCGUCUACCGCGCCUGGUCUCACUGGCGAGCUCUGGCCGGCGGCAAGCACAUUCAAUUCCUGAUCCAGAACAAGCUCCUCACCCUGAGCCCAUCACCCAUCCUUGACGAAGUCUAUGCGGGAGUGCAACCUCCCCUCCUGUCCACCCCGCAGCCAACGACCGGCCCAGAGGAGGAAGGGCUGCCGAAGAAUGUCAGCCCUAACAAGGCCAAGCACACAGAUCCACCAGGAGAGGUGAUGUUGCUCAACCAGGCGAACGGAAAGAAGGCUGCUCAGCUCCUGGACCUUCCGCAGCUCGAGGUUGAGCUGGAGAGAGCUAUAUGGCAGGUCGAGACGGCGAUGAAGAACCAGGAGGAGGAAGACCCCAAGGAGCAAGAGAAAGAGAAGGAUAAAGAGAAGCAACAAUAG